UGUCAAGCAAGGAAACUGAAAUUUGAAGCAAUGUUCGACUCCCUUCCUCAGGAAAUCACUCAUGAUAUCCUAUUUAGACUACCCAUUAAAUCUUUGAUCCAAUGCACCUCGGUGUGCAAGCCAUGGAGAUCCAUGAUCAUAAACCAAAGCUUCAUUCAGUCCCACCUUAGGCGAAAAAUCAGUUUCCAUAAACGGAAUGACAUUCACCUCUUCCUAGUCCACAGUGUUUCUGGUCAUCUUAUAACUUCUGUUAGAACCCACCGCCACAGAACGGUUGUGUCCAAAAUAAGACAAGAGGUCUUUUCUGUGCAUUAUGAUAACCAGGAUUUUGACAAGAACUUCGAGAUAGAAUUUCCAAGUGCUCUCAAGAAAAAACUGAAGAAUGAAAUUCUUCGCGUUAUUGGUAUUUGUAACGGCCUGGUUUGCUUUGCAGAUGAUAUGGCAUGUUAUGGUAACAGCUUCAUAAUAUGGAACCCAUUUAUUAGGAAGUCAGUAACCCUUCCCAACCCUGGUAUUACUUUUCCCAUGUAUAACAGCAUUCCCAAUUAUGGCGGGUUUGAUGCUGCUAUUGGAUUCGGUUAUGAUGCGAUGACAUCUGACUAUAAGGUUGUUAGAGUUGCCACCCCUAAAAAUAAACUUCAAGGUCCAACCAUGGCUGAAGUUUAUUCACUAGCCACUGGCUCGUGGCGGAGUCUUGGUUCGGUUGCUCCUCAAUGUGCAAUAUAUGGAAGAGAAAAACAACUUUUUUUCAAUGGGGCUCUUCAUUGGCCUGCAGUAAGUAGGGAAAGGGAUGAUCAUUUCAUAUUGACUUUUGACCUAGGCAAUGAGUUAUUUUACAAGAUGUCGAUGCCAUCGAGUGUCAUAUGGAGUUACAUAUUGGGAUUGUUGUUGUCUGUUUCGGGUGACAAAAAAUUUGUAACUCUAUUUGUGAUGAACGCCGAUUCUAAAGAUUCUUAUCUUGAAAUAUGGGUGAUGAAGGAGUAUGGCGUGAAGGAGUCAUGGACCAAAUUGAUUAAUCUCGGUCCACAGGGUCCCGAAAGACUUUUUCCUCGGGCAUUAUGUUUUAGAAGGAACGGUGAAGUAUUAGUAAUGCUUCUUAAAGGAGGCAGGCAACUUGGGUUCGAGACCAAUAUAUCAAAGCAUGAACUUGUUUCCCUGGACCUUGUCAGCAAACAAAUGGAAAGUCUUGAGAUUUGUGGACCAUAUUGCUCUGUUGAUUCUUAUGAAGAGAGCCUUCUCUUACUGGACAAGACCGAUGCAGUUUCUCUUUAA